AUGCAAACGCGGUUCCGCAGGCAGAAGGUCAUGUCUCCGAGCGACGCCGAUCGUGUUUGUCUCAUCUGCCAUGAUGACCUGCACAGAGGAGGGAGUGGAAUCAGGGAGCUGCACUGCUCGCAUAUCUUCCACAGCCAAAAAGUUUUGAGUGGCCAAGAUGGCAACAAUGAUGACGGCGACAUAUUGCAAGCGGCGAACCAAGCCUCCACCCUGGGCUGGGGCACGCGCAUGAAGGGCUUUAUCGCAUGUUUCGUGCUCGGGGUCUUGUGUUCCAUUCUGGGGACAUGCUUGCUGUGGAUUCCAAGGGUUGGUCUGAUUCUGUUUGCAGUGCUGUACACACUCGGCAAUGUUGCCUCUCUGUGCAGCACAAUGUUCCUGAUGGGACCCCUUAAUCAGCUGAAGAGGAUGUGUGCCAAAGAAAGAGCACUGGCCACAGCUAUCAUGCUGACCUGUCUGGUGCUAACUAUGUGUUCUGCUUUCUGGUGGAAGAAUAAUGGUCUAGCCUUACUCUUCUGUAUUCUACAGUUUCUGGCCUUCGCUUGGUGAGUGGCUCACACACACGUGCUUGAGUAAUCUCCUUCCUUUAGUGUGUGUUUGUGUGGUAUUACAUCCCUACAGUCUGCAGUCUGAGUGACACACACACACGCCCAGAGUUGUUCUGUGCUGAGGGCUUUUUGGCAGGCAGCUCAAUGCCAGGUCCUUAUUUGUAACUGAAAACAGAGUAAUUUGGCAUAGCUUUUAGCCUGGCUAAUCACACACGACUAAUGCAGCUAGCUUUGUUUCUCAAGCACCUCCUUCACAAAGACAGGAGAUGCAUACACACACACUCUCUCUCUCUCUCGCUCUCUCUUGCCCACAUCAUACACACACAGGGAUACACACAGAUGUGCAAUUAGUUUACAGACAUACAUAAACACCAUUAAAAUAACUUACACUGUGACACAACAAACACUCAUGCAUAAACUCUGUUUUCACAGACUCUCUGCCACUGACACACUUCAGAUAAAGACCUUAUACAGCCCUUUGCUGUGUGGUAAUGUAUGACGCGACUUAUACUAUACUUCUGUGUUU